CGAUAUUCCUCGCCCGCAAUCAGCUUACUCGACGCCCGUUGCACAUGCCACGUGCAAUCCUCAAUGAGUCUCUCCCCUACCUUGACUAUCUAGUCUAGUAGUUUCUUUCUCCCGUGCUUGUCGCGCAAGAUAUCUGAGACUUGUGCGCACUUGUAUCCGCCACCCAAUCGGAACCGACUACCACCACCACAGGGCCAAUCCUCAACAUGCGCGCCUCAAUAAUAACCACAGCCGGCCUCUUUUCUGUCGCGCUGGCCCACGGCGACCAUAGCGGCUCCCAGAAGCCCAUGGUCGGCGCCGAUGCAGACUGGAUGACUGUCCAUAUGGCUGAGGAACACCACAUGCAGUCCUUCGACCCAGAGUCCUUCUUCAUGCUCCACGACUUCGACUCCAACGGGCGGUGGGAGCCCUCCGAGAUCCUGCGCACCUACGGCCUCGAGGACGAGUCGAACCGCGACAUCACCCAGUCCCGCCGCGACGAGAUCCAGGCGCACCUGAUGGGCAUGCUGGACGCGAACCGGGACGGCACCGUCACGCGCGACGAGUUUGUGCAGUUCAUAAAGUCCGGCAAGACGCUGCCCGACAUGGCGACGGGGCCGGGCCACCACGGCGACGACGAGUACGAGUACGAGAUCCACCACUGGGAAAAGUACCACGGGGACGACACCACGAUCGAGGACCUCACGCAUCCAGAGGAUAUUGAGCAUUUCAAGAAACACGAGGAGAUGGAGGCGGCGGAGGAGCGCCUCGAGAAGCUGAACCGCAUGGCUAUUGUGGAGGAGAACAUCCCGAGCAAGUUCCGGAGGGGUGGCUGAGCAUUUCUCGGACGAAACGUUGGAACGUGCAUGAUGAAAUGUCUAGAGGUAAUGGCGUACAUAUUGAGCGUUGUCUUGGAUAUAGUAAUGUCGCAAUGAUUGGACGAUUCGAGCAUAUGU